CAGGACUCCCCUGUCAGCGAGAGAGAGGCAGGUAGGUAAACCCGGCACUGGAUCAGAGCGAGGGAGACGCCGGGAGGAGAGCGAGAGGGCAAGUGCGUGUGUGUGUGUGUGUGUGUUGGGCAGUGUGUGUGUGUGUGUGUGAGCCGCUGCUGCUGCUGCUGCUGCUGCAUCGCUGAGCCACAGAGACCGGAGGCGAGGAGAGCGUUUGUCCUUGAGACUGACUGACUGACUGCAGCCGUGGAGGCGAGGACGGGCCAUCCAGCCGGCGGAUGAAACUGACCAAAUCUGGGCAGGAUGUCCGUGAGGGGCCUGGACCCCACCUGUCCCUCCGCCACCAUAAAGCGUGAGCCCUCCAGCCCCAGCUCUCAGGGGGACGUCAGCCCGGCCCAGCCCAGUCCCGGCAGCUCGUCGUCGGACACCAACUCCAGCUACGGCGCCCUGCUCAAGGGCCACCACGUCCACGGCAAUGGCCUGGACUCCCCGGGCCUCUACAGCCACGCGCCGGGCUCGGCAAACGGCGCCGGGCCGAACAGGAUGUUCGCGGAGGAGGAGAACCAAGUGAAGUGCGAGUUCAUGCUGGGCUCGGUGGCCAAGCGCGUGUGCCUGGUGUGCGGCGACGUGGCCUCGGGCUACCACUACGGCGUGGCCUCCUGCGAGGCCUGCAAGGCCUUCUUCAAGAGGACCAUCCAGGGUAACAUUGAAUACAGCUGCCCGGCGUCCAACGAAUGUGAAAUCACCAAGAGGAGGAGGAAGUCCUGCCAGGCGUGUCGAUUCGUGAAGUGUCUGUCCGUGGGCAUGUUGAGAGAAGGUGUGCGUUUGGACCGCGUUCGAGGAGGCAGGCAGAAGUACAAGAGGAGAAUAGAUGCCGAGAACAGUCCGUAUCUGCACCCGCAGAGUGCCUUGCCCCAGAAGAAGACAUUCUUCGCCGGCGGCGCGGUGGAAAACAAGGUGGUGUCCCUGCUGCUGGUGGCCGAGCCGGAGGGCAUCUUCGCCAUGCCCGACCCCACGGCGCCCGAGAGCGACAUCAAGGCCCUGACCACGCUGUGCGACCUGGCCGACAGGGAGCUGGUGGUCAACAUCGGCUGGGCCAAACACAUCCCAGGCUUCCCCUCCCUCUCGCUGGCCGACCAGAUGAGUCUGCUGCAGAGCGGCUGGAUGGAGAUCCUGAUUCUCCGGGUGGUGUUCCGCUCGCUGUCCUUGGAGGACAAGCUGGUGUACGCCGAGGACUACGUGAUGGACGAGGAGCAGUCGAAGCUGGCCGGGCUGCUCGACCUCAACAACGCCAUCCUGCAGCUGGUGAAGAAGUAUAAAUCCAUGGGGCUGGAGAAGGAGGAGUUUGUGGUCCUCAAGGCCAUCGCGCUCGCUAACUCAGACUCCAUGCAAAUCGAGGACUCAGAGGCGGUUCAGAGACUCCAGGACGUCCUUCACGGGGCCCUUCAGGAGCACGAGGCCACCCGCCGCCCGGAGGACCCCCGGCGGGCGGGCAAGCUGAUCAUGACCCUCCCCCUCCUCCGCCAGACGGCGGCUCGGGCCGUCCAGCACUUCUGCAGCAUCAAACAGGACGGCCGCGUGCCCAUGCACAAACUGUUCCUCGAACUGCUGGAGGCCAAGGCCUGACCCCGGCACAGGCAGCC